GACUGGGGUGCGGGACCGGUACCAUGUAUCUCCGCAGGGCUGUUGGGAAGACUCUGACCUUACCCCUGAGGACCCCUCCUUCCAGCCCCCCACUGCUUUGGAAGCACGCAUCCCUUCGACAGAUGUCAUCUAAGAGAGUCCCUGGAUUAGCUGGGUCAAACAUGAUAUACUAUCUCUUUGUUGGAGUCACUUUUAGUGCUGGCGGAUAUUAUGCUUAUCGGACAGUCACAUCAGACCAGUCUCGGUACAUAGAACGUAUCAAUACCAUGCAAGCGAAAAGUACUAUGAAGGAAUCACCAGAGAUGCUGCAACAUCCAGAUGAGGAGCUAAAGGCCACAGAAACCAAUGAAGUGUGUUCAGAAGCCCCUAAUGAAGCUGAUUUGGCAGCGGUUGAAGAAAUUCCCGAUGUGGAAGAUGCAGCUCCGGAGGAGACUCCCCCAGUCAGUGCCGGAGCUGGUACAGAGGACUCUCCGACGGUCAGCGUCGGAGCUGGCGCAGAGGAGACCCCGGCAGACAGCGUCGAAGCUGGCUCGGAGGAGGAUCAGGGAGUCAGUGCUGAAGCUCAUCCAGAGUUGCUAAGUGAAGCUGCUAAGGUCAGUACGGAAUCAGGGCCAGAGGUCACAGAUGCAGCUGUGCUGGAAGCGGCCGAGGCUAGCUCCAAAGCUCCUGAGCCGGAGAAAGCUUCGGCUGGAGAUACUGAACUGGAGGAAGAAAAUAAAUCUCCCGCUGAAGCUGAAACCCACGCAGAUGCUGAAUUAGAGGAAGAAGCCCCUCAGCAGGCUUGAAGCUGUCCCGGCCCAAAGCGUAACCUAAUCUCCUUUUGCUACUUAAAAAAAAGCCUCUAGCUCAAGAAAGGUGUCAGAAGGGGGGUGAAAGUUCUGUGUCAAUUCCACAAAAAUUACUGAUCAUUCAAGGUUACUUUCUCAACACUUUGAUAUGGAUUCAUUUGAUAGGUUUGGGGAAUGCUUUUGUAAAUAUCCUAGGAAAUUUCUCCUCUGAGAUUAGAAAGUGAGGAAAGCUCGGUAGAUUUGGAGAGAUCUUGAGGAAAUCUGCUUUACUGGUCAUUUUUUUUUCUUUUUAAAAUUCCAAAUGAUUACACUUAGCACACUAGCUACACAACCCCAAAUUUUUUAAAAUUUGAACUUUUAAAUCCUUUUCAGUCAUGUGGCUCUUAAAUAUGAAAUCAAGUCAGUGAAAUCAGUGACCAUUUUUAUUGUUUCCAAAUUUAUUCAACUAAGUUAUAUUCAGCUGGAACUUGCAUGUUUUAUACUCCUGGUGAGAUUAGAGCUGUAUCUAUUCUCAUUAUCUCAUUCCAACCUAAAUUAUUCUACCCUAUUUCCUGUCUUCAACUCAUCUCUCUAAUUUCUUUCUCUGUGUUAAAUAGGACAGCUGGAAAUGUUUCUUCCCCUUCCCUCCCUCCCCCCCCCCCCACCCCCCAGUCCAAAUAUACUACUGCAGAUUUGAGACUGGUGACUCUCAUGGUUUGGUCUAAAACUAAAGAUAACUUUCCUAAAAGACAGCCAUGUAGUUGGCUGUAAGACAAUUACAUUCCUCACUCAAACUCAUUUUGAUUUUUACGUGUGUGACUUGAACUAUUGAGUGAAGGUUCCUAUUAUCUCUAAAAAUAAAUUGUUAGAAUAUCUAAAUAAUGAAAGAAAGUAGAAUCUCUUUUAAUGUUGUUCUUCAAUUCAAAUUCAAGCAGCUCUUAUUAAAUACCCAGAAUGUACAAGACACCGUAUGCUGAGCAAUUCACCCUGUGAAGAGGAAAGAUGGAGGAAUUAAUAGAAAUAAUAUAAUGGAAAGAUUUGGAAGAUCAGAAUCUAAAUCUGACCCUGGCAUGUAGUAUCUGUUUGACCAUAGGCAUAAUCUCUCUGAUUCUCAGUAUUCUCCUCUUUAAAAGGAGAGGAGUUAGCUUAGAUGUCCCUAAGAUUGAUUCCAAAGCUUACAGUAUUGUAACUCUUCAGAUAGUUGAAAGAUCUCCUUUCCUAUUUAAAAUAAUGAAUCACUUUCUCCACUGCCUUCAGGAGUAUGCCAGCACCACCAUUUCUUUCCUCUUCUCCAGGAGAAAGAAGGAGAAAUAACCUCUCUCUCAGACAUUCCUUCCACUCUAUUUUUCCUUUUGCUCUGGGGUCACAUAAGGAAGAGGGAAGAGUAAUUCCUCUAUAGUUGGUGGCCUGCACAGCUUGUGGUAUACAUUUCACAGAAUCCCAGAAGUGGAAAAACCCCGAUUCUACCCUAACCCUCAAAUGAAUAAAAAUUCACUUGAUAAUAUCCCAUACCAAAUGGUAAUACAACUUUUGCAUACAAACUUAAAAUCACAACUCUAGAGUUAGAAGGAACUCUUAGAGAUCAAUCAUCCAGACCUGGGAUUCUUAACCAAUGGAGCCCUUUGGCAAUCUGAUAAAGCCUAUGACCACUUCUCAGAAUUUUUUAAAUAAAUAAAACAAAAUAUACAGGAUUAGAAAUUAAACUAAUUAUAUUAAAGUACAAUUAUCUUUCUAUCUGUGUGUCUAUUUAUCUCUGCUUCUAGAAAACAAAGUAUAGAUCUUAGAGUCUGAAGAUUCCUCUUCCUGAGUUCAAACCUGUUCCUGAGACACUAGCUGUGUGACCCUGGCCAAUUCAUUUCAUUGUUUUUCUGUUUUCUCCUUUAUAAAAUGAAUUGAAGAAAGAAAUAGCAAAUUAUUCCGGUAUCUUUGCCAAGAAAACCCUAAAUGCGGUUAUGAAGAAUCAGACAUGACUGAAAAAUGACUAAACAACAUAUACAUACAUAUGCAUGUAUAUACUCUCUCUAUAUAUAUACACAUAUGUAUGUAUGUAUGUAUGAAUGAAUGAAUGUGAAUGUAUGUUUAUGGAUUCAAGGUUUAAACCCUCUACUUUACAACUUGUUAUCCUUCCUAGUGGAAGUGAGAGUUGGGGUGGGGAAAUAAAUCAAAUAUUUGUAUGCUCUAGGCUUGCUCUGGGCAAGCUUUGGAAGUAUGCCCCGUGGGUGUUACUGUCUAGUGAAGGCUUAGAGCUUUCACUAUUAUACUUGUGAUUUCACUUAUCACAAAAUAAAAUACCUAUGUGCUGAGGAAAGUGGAAUUUUCCAGUGUUAAAAACAUAGGCUUAAAAAAAGUCAUAUAUUUUGUCCUCUUCAGUGUCAUGCCCUAGGCAACUGUUAACCUCACCUUCCUCUGAUUCCAGUUAGUUUAUGGUGGAGAGACUUGGUCAAAUUUGAAAGAACAAAGUUGAAGCCACAAAUUUCAUCCAGUUUUUAGCUCUUCAAAUUAACAAUGAUCAAAUGAAAUGAUAUCUAUAAAAUAUGGCUCAAAAUCUUAAGGCAUUAUGUAAAUGUCAUCUAUUCCUUUUCUAAGUCUUACAAUAGAAUCUAGUAUCCUUUGUCCAGAAGAAUUGAAGGGCUGAGUUCCAUAAAGAUAAGUAACUUGUCCAGAUAUAGCAAGAACUCACGUCUCCAGACUAUUUCAUGCCUCUGCCGCCACAUGCAAACACUGUGCUAAAUGAUUUCCAAUUGUUUAGAUUAGGAAAAUAUAAUCUUCUUUGUACAACAUCUGAAAAUUGAUUAGUUUCCCAUAGAAGGAACAUCAGCAACUCUCUGAAGUAUAUUCUUUUUAAUACUAUAUCAACCUAAAAGGGUUUUAUUUCUUUCAAAAAAUGAUUUAUUUGAGAAUUAUUCACUAAACACUAUUAAAUAUGAAUACAAUGAACUCUAUUUUUCAAUGCUACACAUUUGUGUGACAUUGAUUUGAAUUAACUUUUGGUAUGAAUCUGUGUCUUUCAUAGAAGUAUAUCUGUUGUAUUAGCAAAAAUUUAUGGACUAAAAUAACAUGUAUUUUUCCUCUUCCUCUAAAUAACACAGGAGUGCAGAUUUGUACAUUAUUGCCACUCUUUCUUAAAGAGAGAUAAGACUCAUUAAUUUAGACUAUACUACCAGCACCUGUGCUAAUUAGAAUUUGCAAUAAUUAGAAUUCAACUGUGAUGAAUUUUGCCUUUUGCUCAUUAGUACCUCUUCUUUAAAAUAAGAAAGAUGAACUCAGGACUUAGAACUAGCUUGAAGAGCCAGUUGUUAAUUUUUUAAAUAGUGAUCAUUCAUACUUUGGAAAUUGGCAAAUGCUACAAACCAGGACUUGAUUCAUUGUUUUAUUGGGUUUUAAACUUACAAAAGGGACAGAAAAAGUAUUACAAAUGUAAAUUAAACUUCGUGUGUCCUGCAAAAAUCUCCUACCACCAAGAACUGGUUAUUAAGCACUUACCAAUAAAUGCCUGGUAGAUGAUCUCUUAAGUACCUUUCACCUUUAAUACUCUAUUAAAAACACCAUUUCAUGAAAAAAAAUGCCCUUUUAGUAAGCAAAUUAAUAACAAUUAACUCACAAGAAGGAGAACAAACUGCUUUUUAGGGUUGUAAUCAUUAAUUGUGUGAACAUAGAUACUGUUGAUUACAGAAGAGUCUUAUUCACUAAUAAACAAGCUUGCAGGAUCUCCUUUUGGAAACAUGCUAAUAAUUACUUCAAGUUAUCCUGUGUGUUUGAAGGAAAUAAAGUUCAUUUCUUUAAAAGUA